UAAACCUAUGUUAUUAAUAUAACAACAUAUGGUUAUUAAUUUAAAUGUUUUCAACUUUUUACUAAAGUUUACUUAUAGGUUUAUUGGUGAGAGUUAAGUAAGUUGUGGUGGUAAGACUGUAUGAUAAACGUGCAAGUAUUUGAAAGAUGUAAAUAUAACCAAGAAAGAAAAUCAUACAUGGACCAUGGAAGAUGAGAGCAACAGGAGGCCCCAAUUCGGCAACAGAUUCUUAGUGAACGAGGAUGCUGUCUUUGAACACAAUGCUUGGGAUGAUGUUGAAUGGGAUGAGAACCAGGAGCAAGAGGCGAUAGCAAAAGUUGCAACAAAUAGCACAAUAAAAUUCAAUGAUGAUGAAAUUGAGAAGUAUGAUAAGGAAGCUGAUAAGUUCUGGGAUUCGUUCUAUGGGAUUCACACAAAUAGGUUCUUUAAAGAUAGACAUUGGUUGUUCACUGAAUUCCCUGAGUUAGGUACAGAAAAUAAAGAUGAAGAGCAGAGGGUGAUCUUUGAGGUGGGCUGUGGUGUGGGUAACACAAUUUUCCCCAUUUUGCAGUACAGCAAAGAGAAUAAUUUGUACAUCUACUGCUCAGACUUCUCAACAAAAGCCAUUGAUAUUUUAAAGGAAAAUCCUGAAUAUGAUGAGGGUAAAUGCAAAGCUUUUGUGCUUGAUGCUACUUCUGAUACUUGGGAUGUUCCAUUUAAAGAAAACUCAGCUGAUGUAGCUGUGCUGAUAUUCGUUUUAUCCGCUAUACAUCCCGAAAAAUUUGCUCACGUGGUGAAACAACUUUAUAGGUAUGUUAAACCUGGAGGAUUGGUUUUAUUCAGAGAUUACGGAAGAUACGAUUUGGCGCAAUUGAGGUUCAAACCUGGUCGGUGUUUGGGUGAUAACUUUUACGCAAGAGGCGAUGGAACAAGGGUUUUUUUCUUUACUCAAGAUGGAGUGAAGAAUCUGUUUGAAGAAGCCGGCUUUGAGGAAGUCCAGAAUAGAGUUGAUAGAAGGUUGCAGGUCAACAGAGGACGGAUGCUGAAGAUGUACAGAGUGUGGAUACAAGCUAAAUAUAGAAAACCCUUGUAACGGUGUUUUAUUAAAAGUUCGACAUGCCGGACUGGUAAGGAAUAAAUAGAGAGCUAGGACAUGCGUCUGCUGGAAUUAAAUCGUCA